GGGAACCUUCACCAGCGCCGUUGCUUUGGGGCCUCUGAGGGCCCUCCGUGGCAGGAAGGGGAUGGGACACGAAACCCACCCCGAGGGGCAGCCCUGGCCCUUCUGAGCGAGGCCCCGCCGCUUUCCAAGCCGCGAUCCUCCUUCGGCCCUCCAGGGGGCGGGCGCCCCGGCGGCGCGGGCCCUGCGAGUGGAAUGGCCGCCCAGGCCCAGGCCGGCGGACUUCCGCGGGCUCCGUGAAGGGCGCAGGGAAGCCCGAGGCUCCCCUCCCCCCGCCCCCGGCGCAGCCCCGCACGGUGAGAAGCAGGCAAAUGUGCAAUACCAACAUGUCUGGGUCUUCCACCGAUGGUGCUGCUGCUGCAAGCACCUCACAGAUUCCUGCUUCAGAACAAGAGACGCUGGUAAGACCAAAGCCAUUGCUUUUGAAGUUGUUGAAGUCUGUUGGUGCACAGAAAGACACUUAUACUAUGAAAGAGGUUAUAUUUUAUCUUGGCCAAUAUAUUAUGGCUAAACGACUAUAUGAUGAGAAGCAACAGCAUAUGGUAUAUUGUUCAAAUGAUCUUCUAGGGGAUUUGUUUGGGGAACCAAGCUUCUCUGUGAAAGACCACAGGAAAAUAUAUACAAUGAUCUACAGAAACUUGGUGAUAGUAAAUCAACAGGAACCAUUGGACUCUGCCACAUCUGUGAGUGAGAACAGGUGUAAACUUGAAGAUGGGAAUGUUCAAAAGGACUCUAUGCAAGAGUUACAGGAAGAGAAACCUUCAUCUUCAGAUUUGAUUUGUAGACCAACUACCUCAUCUAGAAGGAGAGCGAUUAGUGAGACGGAAGACAAUUCAGAGGAAUUAGCUGUUGAAGUCCACCGAAAACGCCACCGAUCUGAUAAUGUUUCCCUCUCCUUCAAUGAGGGUGUCGCACUGUGUGUCAUCAGGGGGAUAUGCUGUGAAAGAAGCAGUAGCAGUGAGUCCGUAGAAACACCAUCAAUUCCGGAUGCUGACACUGGUGUAAGUGAACAUUCUGGUGAUUGGUUGGACCAGGAUUCUGUUUCAGAUCAAUUCAGUGUAGAAUUUGAAGUUGAAUCUCUUGAUUCCGAAGAUUAUAACCUUAGUGAAGAAGGACAAGAACUCUCAGAUGAUGAUGAAGAGAUAUAUCGUGUUACUGUCUAUCAGGCUGAGGAAAGCGAUACAGAUUCAUUUGAAGAUGAUCCUGAAAUCUCCCUAGGUGACUAUUGGAAGUGUACUUCAUGUAAUGAAAUGAAUCCUCCACUCCCACCGCAUUGUAACAGAUGUUGGGUACUUCGUGAGAACUGGCUUCCUGAAGAUAAAGGGAAAGAUGAAGAGAAAAUGCUUGAGAGUCCCAAACUAGAAAACACAACUCAAGUAGAAGAGGGUUUCGAUGUUCCGGAUUGUAAAAAAACAGCUGUGAGUGACCCCGAAGAGUCACAUGUUGAAGAAAAUGAUGAUACUGUAACACAAGCCUCCCAGUCUCAGGAGAGUGAGGACUAUUCCCAGCCAUCCACUUCUAGUAGCAUCAUUUACAGCAGCCAAGAUGUACAAGAGCUUAAUAGGGAAGAAGCACAAGACAAAGAAGAAAGUAUGGAAUCCAGAUCUCGCUCUAUUGCCACUGAACCUUGUGUGAUUUGCCAAGAUCGCCCUAAAAAUGGUUGCAUCGUCCACGGCAAAACAGGACAUUUAAUGGCUUGCUUUACAUGUGCAAAGAAACUGAAAAAAAGAAACAAGCCCUGCCCGGUGUGUAGACAACCAAUCCAAAUGAUUGUGCUAACUUAUUUCCUCUAGUCAACCUGUCUGUGUAAUUAGGAUUAUAUAUUUCUAUCUAUGUAAACCUGAAAAUGUAGAUGGUUAUUUUGUCAACUUGAAAUUUAUUUUUUUAAAAAUACAUAAAGUGAAAGAUUAUAUCAGUCCAUAUAGAUUUCUACCUCUGGGGAGGGAGGAGGUAGUGAAAAUUCACUUUCUUUUAAGAAAAUUUCACUUUUGUUUAUAUUGGGAUUUUAAUGUAAUUUGAAUUGGAUUUACACCUCAUCCUUUUAGCCCCUCCCCUCAUUUUCCAAUUUAUCUCCUGUAGGACAUUCAACAUAACUUUUUAUCAUUCGUGGAAGGACAUUUUGUGUGAAAGAUUUACUAUUUAAAUUUUAGAUAUCCUUAAACCUGGUCUGUGGUUUCCCUGUUCUCUCAGAAAUUCUUAAAAUAUGCUUAAUAAAAAGUUAUCUACUA